AUGUUAAACGUUAAUAUUGAUUUUUAUUAUUGUGACCCUCAACCAGAAGACGUAGACAUUAACAAGGUAGACUUUCCAUUAGUGGAAUCAAUAAUGAUAGAUCCAGAAUUUGAAACAGUAAAUAUUUUAUUAACACAGAGUCCAUGUGGAAAACUUCACGCUGACAGAAUUACAGACGUUGAAGCACUCACAGGAUAUAAAGUUUGCCCCUUUUGCAAAGAAGAAGUAUAUUCUAUCCGUGAUGAUCCAGAAAGGAAAAACCAAAGAAGAUUUUUAAAACAUUGUGAGAAAUGUAAAGAAAAUAAUGGAAGAUUAAUUCAAGACGUUCAAUUGCAAAACACACAACAACCAUAUGCACCACAUAUCACGAAACAGAAGAUAUAUCAAUGGCUAUUAGCACAUAAUUUGCAGGAAUAUUAUAAACCAACAAGAUAUUAUAUUACUUUUGACUUCGAAACAUUAGAGACUAAAGAAGAACUUCAACUUUCUGAAUGUGCAACUUUGAACGCUUACUUAAAACCAUUUAUGGUAUCAUCAACUGUCAAAAUAAAGCCGCAAAGCGGCGAGGUCGUAGACCGUGAUAAAACAUUUACGAGGAAUUUUUGCUUAACAUCAAGUGAUUCGUUCAUCUCUGAUUGGAUUGAAUUUUUAUUUUCAACCUGUUCAUUAGUUGCUAAAUCAAAUAUUGAACAAUAUGAAGAAUUAAUGAAUACAUUAAAUGAGAAACAAAAGGAAGCAAUGAAAGAGCUUUUAGAUGAAGAAUUUAAUAAAGUGAAUAUCAUUGGUUUUAAUUCGGGAAAGUUUGAUUUAAAUUUAAUUCUUCGUGAUUUAAAUACUGCAAAAUGGAAGAUAAAAUCAAUGCUGGGUUCUUCUUCUCAAUUUAAGCAAGUCAUAGUAAAGAAAACAAACUGUCCAUAUGAAUUAAGAUUUAUUGACAUCAGAAAUUAUAUAGCGGGUGGAACAUUAGACCAAUUCACUCAAGAUUUCGGAAACAAUAAAUCACGU